AUGGUUCGUCCCCUACAAAUACAAGCAAGUGAUCACCACUCAGAAAGUUCCAUAGGCCUAGCAAUCGGCUUAUUUGUAUCCGCUUCAGUAGUAGCCACCUUAUGCGCCAAGCAUGCACGAAAAAUCUCGAAAAAUUACUCUGCCAAUUCACCAAAAAUUGAUCAUGCUCUGCCCUUGCCCGAAAAAAAUAGUAGCAUGCAAGAAAAUUAUGAGCAAAAAAUGGUUCCAAAGUCACCCUUAAGGUCUCCCAAGAAGUUCAUCACGAGUAUUAGCAACAAGGCGAUCACUCCCUUCUUGAUGUACCAUAAGAGGGGCGGAGAUGGCGACGAUGAUCAGGCCUCGAGAGGCGAAAAAUUGUUGGAAGAGGAGGGGUUUGGAGAAGGGGGACUGUGGCAGAAGGACAUUUUGAUGGGAGAAAAAUGCCAGCCUCAUGAGUUCUCUGGUGUGAUUUAUUAUGAUUGCGAUGGAAAUCAGAUUUCUGAGAUGCCACCGAGAUCACCGCGGGCUAGUACUCAUGUUCCUGCCUUUUCUUUUCCGGUGGUGGCUAAUGAUGAACAUUAG